AACCGUCCAUAAAACCCUCGCUGCUGCCUGUAUGCAGUAGCCUCCUCAGCGCGCCGCCGCCACGCCUCCACCAUGACCGCGACCGCGCCGGCCACCGACCCUUCGGACUCCUCUCCCGCCGUCACUACCGACUCUCCCCCUCCUCCGCGGCCCACCGCGGAGGAGCUGGUGGCCCGCGCCGUCGCCCCCGUCAAGCCCGCCUUCCUCCGCCCGCCGCCCAUCCGCGAGGUCCCCAAGGAGGAGGGUAAGGCUGGCGGCGGCGGGGCCGUCGUCACGGGAGAGAAAAAGUCCAAGCGCCAGCUCAAGCGCGAGCGCCAGCAGGAACAAAAGUCUACUUCUCAUCUUUGUAUUGAAGUAGGAAAAAGUGGAAAUGUGGACUCAUGCAAAUACGGUACCUCUUGCCGUUUCAGCCAUGACAUAAAUGCUUAUCUGGCUCAGAAACCAGGUGACCUUGAAGGAACAUGCCCAUUUACCGCAUUGGGGCACUUGUGUCCAUAUGGAUUAACUUGUCGGUUCCUUGGUACACAUAAGGAUAACCUUGCUCCUCAAAAUCAUUCAGAGGGGAACCAUGAGAGAAAUCCUUUGAGCAAAGAUAUUCAGAAGCUCUUAUGGAAGAACAAAUAUAAAUUUCCUAAGGCCAGUGCCCAGAUCAAACUUCUUGGUCUUAAGGAUGGAAACAAGAAUAAAGCUAAAGCAGCAAAUGAUGAUAAUCCACAUGAGGCACACGAGCUAAAUGGCGAUGAAAAAACUGAAUCUCUUUCUAGCAUUCCUGCGAAUGUUGAACCUGAUCCCACUUUGUGCAAAGAAACAGAUAAUUCAGAGGGAGAACCUUUGGUUGUUAGCUCAGUUCAAUGUGUGGAGCCAAGGCCGUUAAAGAAAUCAAAGGUUGAAGUUGAUGAAACUCUGAAUGAUGGGACUGGUAUUCACGACAAUGAGGCAGAAUCUGAAGAUCUUAAUUUAAUCAAUGGAAUAAAAGUUUCCUCAAAUAACCAAAGUUCCUGCAGAGUUGACUUGAUCACAACACCUCAUUUACGUGAAAAGAAAAUUAUAGAUUUUCGAGAGAAGCUUUACCUUGCUCCCUUGACCACUGUCGGGAACCUUCCUUUUCGGAGGCUCUGUAAAACCUUGGGAGCUGAUAUUACCUGUGGAGAAAUGGCGAUGUGCACAAAUCUUUUACAGGGGCAAGCUUCAGAGUGGGCUUUGCUACGACGUCAUCCAUCAGAGGAUUUGUUUGGGGUGCAAAUCUGUGGACCGUAUCCAGAUACGGUAGCACGAACGGUUGAACUUGUGGAUAAUGAAUGUUCAGUUGACUUCAUAGACAUAAAUAUGGGCUGCCCAAUUGAUAUAGUUGUCAACAAGGGUGCUGGAUCAUCAUUGCUCACAAAGCCUAUGAGAAUUAAGAGUAUUGUACAAGCGGCAUCUACUGUUACUGAAAAGCCGUUAACUGUUAAGGUAAGAACAGCUUUCUUUGAGGGCAGGAAUCGUGCUGAUUCUAUAGUUUCAGACAUAUACGACUGGGGUGCUUCAGCCAUAACAAUACAUGGUCGAUCACGGCAACAACGCUACAGCAAACUUGCCGAUUGGGACUAUAUUUACCAGUGUGCACAGAAGGCCCCUGAUAAUUUGCAUGUCAUUGGAAAUGGCGAUGUAUUCUCCUUUACUGACUGGAACAAGCAUGUUUCGGACUGCUCCAAAAUUUCCACUUGCAUGAUUGCUCGAGGUGCUCUUAUCAAGGAACAAGAUGGGAAGCAAAUUUUUGUUCAACAGUCAUCUCCCAAUCUAAGUAUUCCUCUGCAUCAUAACGACCAUGGAAAGAAGCCUUGGUUAUUUACUGAGAUAAAAGAACAAAGGCAUUGGGACAUUACAUCUGGUGAGAGAUUAAAUAUUCUUAAAGAUUUUGUGCAUUUUGGUCUGGAACAUUGGGGCUCUGAUUCCAAAGGAGUGGAGACAACACGCCAUUUCUUGCUAGAAUGGUUAAGUUACACCUGCCGCUACAUUCCGGUUGGUCUGUUGGAUGUCAUCCCUCAACGAUUGAACUGGAGGCCACCAAGCUACUAUGGCCGGGAUGACCUUGAAACCCUGAUGGCAUCUGAUUCAGCAGCUGACUGGAUAAGGAUUUCUGAGAUGUUGCUUGGUAAAGUUCCGGAAGGAUUUACCUUUGCACCGAAGCACAAGUCUAAUGCCUAUGAUCGGGCAGAAAAUGGCUAACCGCUCACCAGGCAUAGGCUGCAUUUAUUCAGAGUUAGCCACAGCCUCUGAGGUCCAUGCUGCCCUCAUUGUGUUUGAACCCAUCAUGUAAUGUAACAUGAUUUUCCUUUAUCCAAAUGACGAUUGUAUCAAUAUUUGAAUAUAGGGUGCCAAUAAUUGAAAGACAUUCCAAUUCUCGAUUCAAAAGCAAUAUGUGAUUUGCCUAUGCAUGAAUAACAAGGGGUCCUCGAUCUUGUAUUGAA